ACCUCCGGGCCGGCCCGCGGGUGAGGAGAGACUGGGACGGCAGCGGUGGAAGUGAGGACGGAGGCUGCCAUCACGUCUGCGCCCGCGACCAUGGCCGAGUGUCACGCCCAGAAUAAAGCCAAGCUCAUCUCUGAGACCCGAAGGAGGUUCGAAGCCGAGUAUGUGACAGAUAAGUCAGAUAAAUAUGAUCCACGUGAUGUUGAAAGGCUACAACAAGAUGAUAACUGGGUUGAAAGUUACUUAUGUUGGAGACAUGACGUUGUAGAUGAAACAUUGAAGAUGAUCGAUGAGAGUUUUCAGUGGAGGAAAGAAAUGGCUGUCAACGAUCUGACUGAAGCCUCUAUUCCCAAAUGGUUACUGGAAAUUGGUGGUAUUUAUCUCCAUGGUUAUGACAAAGAAGGCAACAAGUUGUUGUGGAUCAGGGUGAAGUAUCAUGUAAAAGACCAUAAAACCAUAUUGGACAAAAAGAAGCUUAUCGCAUUCUGGUUGGAACGUUAUGCUAAAAGAGAAAAUGGGAAACCCAUCACCGUGAUGUUUGACCUGUCAGAAACUGGAAUCAAUAGCAUAGACAUGGAUUUUGUACGCUUUAUCAUCAACUGCUUUAAGGUUUAUUACCCUAAAUACCUCUCAAAAAUAGUGAUCUUUGAUAUGCCUUGGAUAAUGAACGCUGCUUUCAAAAUUGUGAAAUCCUGGCUCGGUCCAGAAGCAGUGAGUUUGUUGAAGUUUACAAAUAAACAUGAAGUCCAAGACUAUGUCAGUGUAGAAUACCUGCCUCCCCACAUGGGUGGAACUGAUCCUUUCAAAUAUAGCUACCCACCACUAGUAGAUGAUGACUUCCAGACACCGUUGUGUGAAAAUGGGCCUAUUGCCAGUGAGGAUGAAGCUUCGAGUAAGGAAGAUACAGAAAGUGAUGGCAAAGAAAUCUUGGAAGCAAUUUUUAAUGAAGAACAAGUAGCUAUUCUAAAAAAGAUUAACCUAACUGAAUCUACUUCCAAAGCAGAAGAAAAUGAAAAAGUUGAUUCCAAGACUAAAGCUUUCAAAAAACCAUUGAGUGUAUUUAAAGGGCCCUUAUUACACAUCAGCCCAGCGGAAGAACUGUAUUUUGGAAGUGCAGAAUCUGGAGAGAAGAAAACUUUAAUAGUGUUGACAAAUGUAACUAAAAACAUAGUGGCAUUUAAGGUGAGAACAACUGCUCCGGAAAAAUACAGAGUCAAGCCUAGCAACAGCAGCUGUGACCCUGGAGCAUCCAUUGAUAUAGUUGUUUCUCCACACGGGGGCUUUGCAGUCUCUGCCCAAGACCGGUUUCUGAUAAUGGCUGCAGAAAUGGAACAGACAUCUGGCACAGGCCCAGCAGAAUUGGCUCAGUUCUGGAAAGAAGUUCCCAGGAGCAAAGUGAUGGAGCACAGGUUAAGAUGCCAUAUUGUGGAGAGCAGUAAACCAACCAGUCUUACAUUAAAAGACGGUGCUUUUAACAUGUCAGAUAAAACCAGUGAAGAUAUGUGUCUACAACUCAAUCGUUUACUAGAAAGCAAUAGAAAGCUUGAAGACCAAGUUCAGCGUUGUAUCUGGUUCCAGCAGCUGCUGCUUUCCUUAACAGUGCUCUUGCUUGCUUUUGUCAUCUCUUUCUUCUAUUUGUUGUACAGCUAAAGAAGUGGUGCUUGGUAGGCAACAUGACUCUUUCGUCCAUUAGUUGGAAAAAGUAAAACCCAGAACUUCUCCACCAUGCUACUAACAGUGUCACACAUCUGUGCUUCCUAAAAGGAAAUGUGCAACCUUAAAGGGGAACAGAUACACAUCUUGAAAACAAACUGUUAGAAUAAAGAAACACUUAAGAAAUUGAUGAGAGUAUAGCUGGUUAGUAAAAUAAGUAAAAGCAUAUUUGUUGUGUAAAUGAAUAGUUUAGAUAUAACUUAUUUUUUUCUUUUGAUUUGAAUACUUUUAAAGCUUAAGUUUUAUCUGGUGUAUAUGUUAGCAGAACUGAAAAUUAUAACAUGCUUUGUUGCAGCCAAAAGAAUGUAAUCUGAUUUUUUUAUGACAUGAUUAUUAUAGCUGAGCCAACUUAUUAGCUUUUCUAUACUGUAUAUAUAGAACAUGUAUAUUGGAACAAAACAUACAGAGUAAUUUCUGUAAUCAUGACUUUGUAAUUUUGAGAGUUACUUCUGAAGAUGCUAGUCAAUAUUCUUUUGGAAUGUAAAACUACUUAAUGCCUAGCCACCUUUUGCCUUUCUUUUCUAUCUUCCUUAACAGCCUGCAUUUUAUUAGUCUCAGAAUUUUUUCUUUUCUUUUUAUUAAAUAUAUAUUUUUAUUGAUUUCAGAGAGGGAGAGAGAGAUAGAAAUGAAGAGAGAGAAUCAUUGAUCGGCUGCCUCCUGCACACCCCCUCACUGGGGAUCGAGCCCGCAAUCUGUGCAUGUGCCCUUGACCAGAAUCAAACCUGGGACCCUUCAGUCCGCAGGCUGACGCUCUUAUCUACAGACCCAAACCAGCUAGGGCAAGACUUUUUCUUAAACAUGUUUUUUGCCAAUUGUAGAGAGAGAGGAAGGGAGAGGUAGAGAGAGAACAUCGAUGUGAGAGAUAAACAUCAAUUGGCUGCCUCCUACACGUCCCCUACUGGGGAAGGAGCCCAUAACCCAGGCAUGUGCCAUGACCAGGAAUCAAACUAACAAUCUCUUGGUGCAUGGGACGAUGCCCAACCAACUGAGCCACACAGGCCAGGGCUGGGAUUUUUUUUUCUGAACACUCUUCUUUAGAUAGAAUUUCGAAAACUAAGUUUGGUUAGAUUUUCUUUUAAUUCUAUUGGUGAUGUCCAGAGGGAAGAUCUCUUCAGUUCCACUUUCCAGUCUUUUUUUAUGCCAUUUUCAUGUUGCUCAUUGUGGCUGUACCCUCACCCAUUUGCUUCAUUUGUUAUAAAAUCCUGGUCAUCUAUUGCGCCACCUUCACCCUCUUUCCUUAAAGGAGUUAGAUAAAAAAUUUUGCAGAGUUAGUUUUUGAGAUACAUAGCAGUAGAAUUCGUUUACAUUUCAGUUCCUUGCUCAAGUCAGCUAUGAAAAGGGAACUUGACAAAAGACUGGAGUUAUCUAUAAGCAUGAAAAAAAAAGCAAAACUCAAGUGUCAGCUCUUCACUUAAGAUUAUAAAACAACUUGUGAUGAGCUGUAAAACCUUCAGACCAGGGCUAAGUUACUUGCCUGAUGCUCUGCCUUGUCACAGUAAUACCCAGGCGGUUCUUAAAUUCCUAAAAAGAAGCACCUUGCUAUUAAAUUAGUUUGUCCUCAUUAAUAUCACCAGUUUCCGUCCAUGUUGGUUCACAAGUAAAUCUACUUUAUAUGAAAGAAAAAAUAGCCUGCCUGUAAAAUAAAUUGUGAAUCUUAAUUGAGCCAUGUUUGGAGAUUUUUUUUAUUGUGAAGUGUAGUGUUGAUAGUUUUCAUCUGGAGAAGCUGAUGAUUCCAAGACUGAGUUAUGAAGAGCCAUAUAAGAGAGUCCUUCAAAGGACACUGGUCUGAUACUCUGUCUUAAUUUGGGUUUUUCUGUUUCAGUUUGCCAACUCCAGACGUGAAAAUGACUGCAGUCCACCCUAAGUACUAUCCAUAGUAUCCCCCUGUGUUUGUGCACAGCGGUUUUCCCUUAUAUGUUAGAUUUCUGACUUUAAUAUAAUCAAAUACCAAAAUAUAUGUUUUUUGUUCCUCAGCAAAUAAAUGAGGAAAUAAUUAGUCAAAAUUGGAAAUGUACUAUCCUAACAAUGUCCCUUUAAUUUUUCAUAUAAAAAUUACAUUGAUUCACUAAAAUGUUCUUCCUUAAUAUCUGGUCAGUUGAAUUUAAUAACAUAUCUUAUUAACAUUUGUGUGUCUGUUAAAUGUGACUAGCAAAAUUACUGAAAAGUUACUGUAAAAUCAAAGGCAUUAAACUUGUGUACUUGUCUUGAUUAAUCACUGUUUUACAUGUGAUUUUAUUCUGUCUUAUUUGAUUUUAUUUAAUCACAUUUGUAUGAUUAUUUUUGGUACUCUAUAAUUAUUUUAUUUUGAAUCACAUCAUUACUUUUUCAUGACCAAAUUAUCAAGAACCAACGUAUAUGUAGAUUUAGAUUGUUUUCACUUGAUGGAAAUGAAUAGAUUUUUGCAUGAAAACAUUGAGAUAUCAUUAGUUUGAUCUGCAAGUUGCCUAAAAAUGCAAUUGCUGGUAAACCUAGCCUCAAAUUUCAUAAUGAUAGCAUUACUUUUUAUAUAUUGCCACUAAUUUUGACUGGAUUUAAUAGCACUUUAUUGUACAAUUGCAAAAAAAUAUAUUCCUAGAAUUGUUGCCAGUGUAAUUUCUCUAAUGUUCUGGUGCUUUUCAUAUAUUUUCAGUAUUUUAUUACUAUAUUGGUAUUUUCUUUGUAUAAAUUGAUCAAAAGAACAUGUUUUCUAUUUUAAUAUGUUUUAGAAAAAUAACUACAUUUAUGAAAUAAAUAUCA